UGGCGAGGGGAGGGAGGGUGGGUCAGGAGCCCCCCCACCCACCUUGCGGAGCUCGGGGCCGCGCGAGGGGCGGUUGUCUGGGGGAGGGGGCGCGGGGUGAUUCAGCGCCCGGCGAGGCGGAAGCGGCCACAGGAGGAGGAGGAGGGGAGCACCCGUCUGCGCCUGGGCUCCGGGGGUGGCACGAGCCCGCGGCCCGAGUGCGAGGCGGAGGCGAGGAGGCCGCGGGGACGGGAGGCGAGGCCGGCCGGGCCCCCGAAGCCAUGGAGAACGCGCACACAAAGACGGUGGAGGAGGUGCUGGGCCACUUCGGCGUCAACGAGAGUACGGGGCUGAGCCUGGAGCAGGUCAAGAAGCUUAAGGAGAGAUGGGGCUCCAACGAGUUACCGGCUGAAGAAGGAAAAACCUUGCUGGAACUUGUGAUUGAGCAGUUUGAAGACUUGCUAGUUAGGAUUUUAUUACUGGCAGCAUGUAUAUCUUUUGUUUUGGCUUGGUUUGAAGAAGGUGAAGAAACAAUUACAGCCUUUGUAGAACCUUUUGUAAUUUUACUCAUAUUAGUAGCCAAUGCAAUUGUGGGUGUGUGGCAGGAAAGAAAUGCUGAAAAUGCCAUCGAAGCCCUUAAGGAAUAUGAGCCUGAAAUGGGCAAAGUGUAUCGACAGGACAGAAAGAGUGUACAGCGGAUUAAAGCUAAAGACAUAGUUCCUGGUGAUAUUGUAGAAAUUGCUGUUGGUGACAAAGUUCCUGCUGAUAUAAGGUUAACUUCCAUCAAAUCUACCACACUAAGAGUUGACCAGUCAAUUCUCACAGGUGAAUCUGUCUCUGUCAUCAAGCACACUGAUCCCGUCCCUGACCCACGAGCUGUCAACCAAGAUAAAAAGAACAUGCUGUUUUCUGGUACAAACAUUGCUGCUGGGAAAGCUAUGGGAGUGGUGGUAGCAACUGGAGUUAACACUGAAAUUGGCAAGAUCCGGGAUGAAAUGGUGGCAACAGAGCAGGAGAGAACACCUCUUCAGCAAAAACUAGAUGAAUUUGGGGAACAGCUUUCCAAAGUCAUCUCCCUUAUUUGCAUUGCAGUCUGGAUCAUAAAUAUUGGGCACUUCAAUGACCCGGUUCAUGGAGGGUCCUGGAUCAGAGGUGCUAUUUACUACUUUAAAAUUGCAGUGGCCCUGGCUGUAGCAGCCAUUCCUGAAGGUCUGCCUGCAGUCAUCACCACCUGCCUGGCUCUUGGAACUCGCAGAAUGGCAAAGAAAAAUGCCAUUGUUCGAAGCCUCCCGUCUGUGGAAACCCUUGGUUGUACUUCUGUUAUCUGCUCGGACAAGACUGGUACACUUACAACAAACCAGAUGUCAGUCUGCAGGAUGUUCAUUCUAGACAGAGUGGAAGGUGAUACUUGUUCCCUUAAUGAGUUUACCAUAACUGGGUCAACUUAUGCACCUAUUGGAGAAGUGCAUAAAGAUGAUAAACCAGUGAAAUGUCACCAGUAUGAUGGUCUGGUAGAAUUAGCAACAAUUUGUGCUCUUUGUAAUGACUCUGCUUUGGAUUACAAUGAGGCAAAGGGUGUGUAUGAAAAAGUUGGAGAAGCUACAGAGACUGCUCUCACUUGCCUAGUAGAGAAGAUGAAUGUAUUUGAUACUGAAUUGAAGGGUCUUUCUAAAAUAGAACGUGCAAAUGCCUGCAACUCAGUCAUUAAACAGCUGAUGAAAAAGGAAUUCACUCUAGAGUUUUCACGUGACAGAAAGUCAAUGUCGGUUUACUGUACACCAAAUAAACCAAGCAGGACAUCAAUGAGCAAGAUGUUUGUAAAGGGUGCUCCUGAAGGUGUCAUUGACAGGUGCACCCACAUUCGAGUUGGAAGUACUAAGGUUCCUAUGACCUCUGGAGUCAAACAGAAGAUCAUGUCUGUCAUUCGAGAGUGGGGUAGUGGUAGCGACACACUGCGAUGCCUGGCCCUGGCCACUCAUGACAACCCACUGAGAAGAGAAGAAAUGCACCUUGAGGACUCUGCCAACUUUAUUAAAUAUGAGACCAAUCUGACCUUCGUUGGCUGUGUGGGCAUGCUGGAUCCUCCGAGAAUCGAGGUGGCCUCCUCCGUGAAGCUGUGUCGGCAAGCAGGCAUCCGGGUCAUCAUGAUCACUGGGGACAACAAGGGCACUGCUGUGGCCAUCUGUCGCCGCAUCGGCAUCUUCAGGCAGGAUGAGGACGUGACGUCAAAAGCUUUCACAGGCCGGGAAUUUGAUGAACUCAACCCCUCCGCCCAGCGAGACGCCUGCCUGAAUGCCCGCUGUUUUGCUCGAGUUGAACCCUCCCACAAGUCUAAAAUCGUAGAAUUUCUUCAGUCUUUUGAUGAGAUUACAGCUAUGACUGGCGAUGGCGUGAACGAUGCUCCUGCUCUGAAGAAAGCCGAGAUUGGCAUUGCUAUGGGCUCUGGCACUGCGGUGGCUAAAACCGCCUCUGAGAUGGUCUUGGCAGAUGACAACUUCUCCACCAUCGUGGCUGCCGUUGAGGAGGGGCGGGCAAUCUACAACAACAUGAAACAGUUCAUCCGCUACCUCAUCUCGUCCAACGUCGGGGAAGUUGUCUGUAUUUUCCUGACAGCAGCCCUUGGAUUUCCCGAGGCUUUGAUUCCUGUUCAGCUGCUCUGGGUCAAUCUGGUGACAGAUGGCCUGCCUGCCACUGCACUGGGGUUCAACCCUCCUGAUCUGGACAUCAUGAAUAAACCUCCCCGGAACCCAAAGGAACCAUUGAUCAGCGGGUGGCUGUUUUUCCGUUACUUGGCUAUUGGCUGUUACGUUGGCGCUGCUACCGUGGGUGCUGCUGCAUGGUGGUUCAUUGCUGCUGACGGUGGUCCAAGAGUGUCCUUCUACCAGCUGAGUCAUUUCCUACAGUGUAAAGAGGACAACCCGGACUUCGAAGGCGUGGAUUGUGCAAUCUUUGAAUCCCCAUACCCGAUGACAAUGGCGCUGUCUGUUCUAGUAACUAUAGAAAUGUGUAACGCCCUCAACAGCUUGUCCGAAAACCAGUCCUUGCUGAGGAUGCCCCCCUGGGAGAACAUCUGGCUCGUGGGCUCCAUCUGCCUGUCCAUGUCACUCCACUUCCUGAUCCUCUAUGUCGAACCCUUGCCACUCAUCUUCCAGAUCACACCGCUGAACGUGACCCAGUGGCUGAUGGUGCUGAAAAUCUCCUUGCCCGUGAUUCUCAUGGACGAGACGCUCAAGUUUGUGGCCCGCAACUACCUGGAACCUGGUAAAGAGUGUGUGCAGCCUGCCACCAAAUCCUGCUCGUUCUCGGCAUGCACCGAUGGGAUUUCCUGGCCGUUUGUGCUGCUCAUAAUGCCCCUGGUGAUCUGGGUCUAUAGCACAGACACUAACUUUAGCGAUAUGUUCUGGUCUUGACUGACAGUUUUCCAUAAAGAAGAUGUUUAACUUAAUUAAUUUUUUUAUUGUUUAAAGCAACUGUCUAUUUCUGCUGAAUUUUCACAUGAACAUACUGGCUGGUGACGGAGGUUUCAUACUCUAGAUUUUGUUUUGCUUUUUCUGACUCCAGUGGGGCAAGAUUUUCCUUUUUUAUACACAUAAUUAAAGUGUCCAUUGACAUGUACAGAGAACUAACACUAUUUUAUGCAAAUAUUUUUUUGUAGAUGAAAAAGCAUGUACAGUGUUCUGUUUAAUACUCAUCCUUGUAUAAAAAAAAUAGUUGAGCCAGCAGACAUUGUCAGCAAAUUAAUUGGCAGCAGAUUUUAGGAAAUGAAUGUGUGUGGUUUUUUUUCUAAAACUAAAUAGCAUGUAUUGUGUCUUUUGCAUGAUGAUCUGGAUUUAAUCUGAUAUCACAGUCUAAUUUUUAUUCAUAAGCCAAUUUUUCUGCACUGAGCAGAGUCUUGCUACCUCAGUCAGUAUUGUUUUGGUUUGCUACUUCCCUCACCCACUUUGGCCUCCGUUCACCCCACCCCACCCCCACCUCUCCCCACCUUACCCCCGCCCUGCUUGGCUUCCUCUUUAGGAUUGUGAUGGUUCGUUCUGUUUACAUCAGUUUUAACGAGAGGUAUGCCUGUACUCGCUUGUGCAGAAAACAUUGUUCCAGAUUCAAUCGACUGGGUUUAUGUCCCUUCACAUAGUUUUUAAGGUUAUUUAUUUAAAUGUCUAAUGUAUUUUAUUGUAACAGACAUUGUUUUGCCAACAUUGCCUAUUUCAGUGGCACGUCACAAUCUAGUUUUAAAAAAAUAAAACAUUUUAAAUGGACAGAGAAAAA